CUCUCUGGUGCACGAAAGGCAGAGCUGGUGGCUUUGAGGAGCCCCAAAACUGGAAGGGCGCCGGGAUUAAUUACCCCGUAUCACACCUCGUAAUGAAGGAGUGGAACAAGCUGUGACGAAGCAACACCCGAGACUCCUGAGCAGGCAGCGGAGCUGGCCGGUGUCACGCAAAGCAUCUCAGCUACCUCAGCACAACCAGCAGGUUCAGCGCAAGCGACAGCAGAAAGCGGGAUCAGCAGCGGUGACGGCCUCACAUCACACCCGGCUCAGCGCGGAGCAGGAGAGCAGCGAGGAACAUGCAAUAGAGCCCCCUGGCCCUGCUGAAGAGGAGACACCGCGAUGGCCUUUCUGACACCAACACACAUCAACUGGCAGGUCACGGUCAACGCGGGGGCGCAUCGCACCAACCGCUUUGCCUGCACAGAUCUGGUGGUCCGCCGCGGGCAGGUGUUCGACUUCACUGUGUACUUCAACAUGCCUCCUCAGCCACAGCAGUCCUUCGCUUUCGUUGCAGAGACAGGGAAAGCCCCUUCCGAAUCCUACCACACCAGGACUGUGUUCUCCCUCUCCAAUGCGCUGGUCGGAGGCGCCUGGAGUGCGGUCCGAGGAUCCAGCGACUCCAACUACGUGAACUUCUCCAUGGUCAGCCCCGCCACGGCCGCCGUCGGGCGCUACAAGCUCAGCCUGCAGGUGGCCUGUGGCAACCAGGUGCAAACCCGGUUCCUGGGGCAGUUCGUUCUGCUCUUUAACCCCUGGUGCACAGGGGAUCUUGUCCAUAUAGCAAAUGAGGCUGACCGGCAAGAGUAUAUACUGAAUGAAAACGGGAUCAUCUUCGUGGGAAACGCCAACUAUAUCCAAGCGCGCGGAUGGUACUUUGGCCAGUUUCAAGAGAACAUCCUCAACCUCUGUCUUCUGCUUCUGGAUCUGAGCCUCUACCACCGCCAAGACCCGGCUGGCGACACGUCCCGUAGAAGCGAUCCAAGAUAUGUGGGCCGCGUGGUCAGCUCCAUGAUCAACGGCAACGACAAUGACAAUGGCGUGCUGGAGGGCAAGUGGAGCGAGGACUUUACUCACCACGAGAACCCCUCCAGGUGGGACGGAAGCGUGGCCAUCCUCAGGAAUUGGUCCCAGAACAACUACAGGCCAGUUCGGUAUGGCCAGUGCUGGGUCUUUGCAGGGGUGGCAGGCACAGUUCUGAGAUGUCUGGGGAUCCCGACACGCUUGAUCACAAACUUCAAUUCUGCUCACGAUGUAGACAGGAACCUCAGCAUUGAUAAAUACUAUGACCCCUCAGGAAAGAGCCUCAAGAUUGGACAGGACUCCAUCUGGGAUUACCACGUCUGGAAUGAGGGCUGGUUCGUCCGGCGAGACCUGGGGACAGCAUUGGGCGGGUGGCAAGUGAUCGAUUCCACGCCGCAGGAGAGGAGCCAAGGGAUUUACCAGUGCGGCCCGGCCUCUGUCCUGGCCGUGAAGCAAGGGGAUGUGAACCUGAACUACGACACCGCCUUUGUAUACAUGGAGGUGAAUGCGGAUAUCAACCGAUGGGUUGUCUACCCCGACAAAACCCGGGUUCGAGUGUAUUGUGACACUUCAUCCAUUGGCACAUCCAUCAGCACCAAAGCUGUGGGUAGCAACUACCGUGUGGAUGUCACCAACACUUACAAGUUCCCAGAAGGGUCUGCCGAAGAAAGAAGUGUGUAUAAAAAGGCUUGUGCUCAGAUGGCCGGCAUCACAGUGAGACGGGAUGACACCGCCGACGCAACCACGACAGAAUUGGUUUCACACCCAGAGCUCUUUGGGAAGUUCAAGCUGGUCCAGCCCCCGGUGCUUGGCAAAGACAUCAACCUGGUGCUCACCCUGGCCAAUUUAUCCACAGUGCCAAAGACCGUCACGGUGAACGUCAGCGUGUCCAGUGUCCUGUACACACGGGCAGCUGUCAGAGAGAUCCUGAAGGAAGCAACCACUGUGAACCUUGGAUCUAAAGAAGAGAAGCAAAUUCCGCUGCGCAUCACGUAUGGCCACUACGGAACGUCCCUGACGGACGACAAGAAGCUGCUUGUGACCGCCUUGUGCGACGUCUUACAGGGAGUGAAGCUGCUGGUGGAGAAGGCCAUCACCUUGGAGAGCCCCAACAUCUCCAUCAUGCUUCCCCCCAACGUGGUCGCCAACAAGCCAGCCACAGCGGAGAUCUCCUACACCAACCCCCUCCCGGAGCCUGUGGACAACUGCGAGCUGCUAGUGACGGUCAUGGGCCAGGCCGUCAAGAUCAACGUGGCAGCACUGGCGCCUGGGGAGACGUCGAAGAUCUACUUCGAGUUCACGCCCCGCUGCACGGGGACCAUGCAGCUGCAGGUGGACUUCUCCUGCAACAAGUUCCAUCACGUCAAGGGCUUCGUGCUGAUGGAGGUGGCCCCGGCCGGCACGCUGUGAUCCGGGCCAAGCGGGGGGAG